AUGUCGCUCUUGAAAUUUCAAGCAGGGAAACGCAUCGCGUUCACAACCAACACAAACACCAAACCGAUGCCCCGAGAAACACCAACAGCGGUGCCCGAAAGCGUUCCGCUGCACCACACUGCUCUGCAGGUGUUCCACGACUGGAGGCCCAGCGACAUUAGCGCGAUUCUCAACGAAACCAGAUCGCAGUUCUCUCAGCUGCUUGACCAGCUCUCAGAGGUAAAUGCCACGAGCCCGGAUGUGGUGGACACGCUUACACAGACGUUCCGAGAAUUCCGACACCUUGAAGCACAGCAGAAUAGCCUACAGAACAACAUCGACCUUGCAAAGUCCAAGUACCGCUCGCAGUGCGAAGAACUACCGCCCGUGACCUGGGAGACAUGGGAUGCGUACCGAGAAGGCGAGCUGCGCGCCCCGCAUCUCCUGCACGUUUUCGAAGAGACAGAGCGAGACUCUGAGUCGCAGCCGCCACCGGCCAACAGCGCUGACGAACUUUCGCGGCUCUACCGCGCUCUCCCCCACAUCGCAGCUGAUCCUCAGUGCAUCCUUCCGGACGAGGCGGCAGAUGACGAUGUGCAGAUCGCGGGAGGACAGAUUGAACUUGCCUGCCCGAUCACCUGCAAGCCCUUCCAGCGGCCCAUGAUAUCGCGCAAAUGUGGGCACGUUUUCGACCACGCCGGUAUCGAGCAGUACUUGAGUGCGCAAUCUACCAGAGACUGCCCGCAGGGCGCGUGCGGACAAAAAGUAUCCAUGCGCGACUUCGUUCCCGACAGGCUCAUGGAGCUCCGCUGUAAGAUAACACGCGCUCGCGAAGGCUCCCGCAAGGCUCAGCGUGCCCUGGAGAACGUUGUCCCCAUCUAA